UUUGAUGGAAGUAUUGAGUGUUGAUUUGGGUUUGGAGUUGUUGUCGAUUUUUGGUCUUUUGGGUUCUGCGUGGGUGAUUUCAAGUACGUUAGGUCGGAGUAGAAGUCCGUUUGACCGCGACCGGAACUUCCUUCAAAGAAUUUUUAAGCCCAGAAAUAAAAUCAAAAACAUCUACCAACUCAUACCAAUCCUACAAAAAAAUACCAAAAAACUCUUCCUAUUCUUCUCCGAUCUCGCCACUUCGUUGAGGAGUGUGACUGAGAUGAGUGGUUCGGUGAUGAGUAGGGAGUUGUUGGAGGGUAUAUUAUCGCAGGAGUACUACGAGCAAAGGGUCACAGACCUACAAAACGAAGUUUUCAACGAAUUCAACGUCGAUCCCCACGACGUUCUCAACGCCAUCAAACACUUUCAAAAUGACGACCAGGUGGAGUUGUAUGUGGGAGGUGUGAAUCGUAUGUAUGAAUCUUUGUUAAAUAGCGACUGCGUCAUUUGUCCCGGGUUCGAACCCAACCCACUCAUCACACAAGACAAAUUCCUCACAAUACUCGAAAAAAUCUCCAACUUCCUCUUUACCCAUACUAACCACACUUUCAACACUAUCCACACUUCUAACACUAUGAAUACUAUUAAUACUAUUAACACUAUGAAUACUAUUAAUCUGAACACUAUGUACAAGAAUAGAGGGGAAAUGGAGGAGAUGAUGUUGAGUGAGCUGUUGGUGUAUGGAUAUGAGGAGUAUUUGGACUGUAUGGUAUGUUUAAAGAGUGUGGAGAAUCAACUCCUAUACGACCCGGACUAUAAAGUAAAAAAGUUAAAAAUAUUAAAUAAAAUAAAAAAAUGCUUUCAAUCGACAAUUAUACAAAAGGUCACAAACAAACAACUUCACACAUUGUGUACAGGGGACACUAAUUCCACAGUGUUGAUAUUAUUGUUUGAUGAAUUAAUAGUUGAGGAAUCGUUUGAUAAAGUUUUACGCCUGUCAAAGCUUUUACACAAAGUUAAUCAGCCAAACUUCAAUCUAGUCAAUCUCAUUAAUCAGUUGGAUCAACAGUUGGAUGUGAAUAAAUUGGAUGUAAAAUUGGAAAAUGAUGAAAAUAAUGAAAAUGAUGAAAAAUUAGGAGAAAUUGAUGAAAAAUUGGGGGUAAAAAAAAUAAAUGUCAAAGUUGAUCGGGUUACGGAAAAUAAAAUUUCCUCGCCUAGCAUUUCUGCUGCUACUACCAUAGACACCUUCAUCAACAUCAAUACUAAUACUAAUAAUAGUGUUAACACUGAUAAUAGUGUAAAUAGUGUUAAUAAUACCAAUAAUACUAAUAAUACAAUUAAUAGUGUUAAUAAUACAGUGGAUAGUGUGAAUAGUGUGGAUAGUGUGAAUAGUGUGGAUAGUGUGGAUAGUGUGGAGAAUAAUGUAAUAUUGUUAUGGAUGUUUAAGAGAGAGUUUGAGUGUGUGGAGCUGGUGAAGGAAUAUCCUUCGUUGGUAAUUUACAAGGAUAACCAAAUCACUAAUGUCAUACCAAUCUAUCACUACACAUUACCACACAUAUUCAUUUAUCAUAAUUAUGUUAAUUAG